AUGGCUCCUUUCAGGGUUUUCGAUGGCAAGCUUGCCAUUAUCACUGGUGCUUCGCGAAGCUUUGGCGCCGUUCUUGCCGAGCACUUUGCCAGCAGAGGUGCCAACGUUGUCAUCAACUACGCCACCGAGGGCUCGACGCCAAAUGCUGAGGCUUUGGCCAAGGAUUUCGAAUCCAAGUACAACGUCAAGGCUCUUCCCGUCAAGGCUGACCUGAGCAAGCCCGAGGCACCUCAGCAGCUCGUUGAUGCCGCCAAGGCUCACUUCACCGAUGCCAACGGCCGCUUCCAGAUCGACAUUAUUGUCAACAAUGCUGCCACUGUGAAUGCUCAGGGCAUUGACCAGUUGGACCUCGAUCUUUUCGAUGAGACAUUCAACCUGAACUGCAAGGCGCCCGCCCUCCUCGUCAAGGCUGCUUUCCCUUACUUGCCUACCGACCGCUCUGGUCGCAUUGUCAACAUCUCCAGCGCAACCACCACUUGGGGUGUCUGGUGGCAAACCUCAUACGCUGGUACCAAGGGUGCUAUCGAGGCCAUGACCCGUGUCUGGGCACGUGAGCUGGCCGAGAGAGCCACCGUCAAUGCCGUUGCGCCUGGCCCCAUGGACACUGGACUUUACUCUGGCCUGCCCGACGAGCCCCGCGAGGCUCUUCGUCCAUUGAACAACCUGACGCCUCUUGCCAAGGCCAGACCUGGUGUCGAUAGCCAGGAGGUCCUCGACUUGGCGGCAAGCAUUGGAGGUCGCCCCGGUUACUUGGAGGAAGUUGCUGGAGUUGUCGGGGUUGUUUGCUUGCCUGAAAGUGGAUGGAUGACUGGAAACCUUGUGGGGGCUAGCGGAGGAGGUGCUUUUGUGCGUUAAGCGAUGCCAAUUACCUUACACGUCGGGUGGUCGGAUAAGCAUUGCUGGUGUUUGGAGC